UCAGAGGCUGGGCGGCAGAGGAAGGCGCGUGCUCGGUGCCGCUGCCUGCAGGUGGACUCGGAAGGGGGGCGGGGCGCGCUUCCUGCGGCGGGAGCACAGCCUGCCGGGGUGCUGCCUCUGCCCCCCGCUCCCCAGCCUGGCGACAUGGAGUGGAGGAGGAUCAUGCUCUUGGCCGUCCUGCCGGCGCAGAUCCCAGCCGCAGAUGCUGUACCAGUUCUUGGACUGACAGACCCAAGACUCUGCUACUUACUGGAUGGAUUCCUCUUCAUUUACGCAGUCAUCAUGACAGCCCUUUUUGUGAAAACAAAGCUUAGCCAGGCCUCUCAACCACAGCUGCGACCAGGUCAGGAUGAUCUGUACAAUAAACUGUCUCGUGGACAGAGAGAUGAAUACGAUGUUCUGGGGGCAAAGCGAGGUGCAGACCCCGAGCUGGGCGGGAGACACCAGCAGAGAAGAAAGAACCCUCAGGACACCGUCUACACCUCACUCCAGAAGGACAAGAUGGGCGAGGCAUACAGUGAAAUCGGAAUGAAGGGAGAGCAGCAGAGGCGGCGAGGCAAAGGGAAUGAAGGGGUCUACCAGGGACUCAGUGCGGCGACCAAGGACACUUAUGACGCUCUCCAAAUGCAGCCUUUGCCCCCCCGCUAAGUGGGAGUCACGGGGGGGAUGGGCAAGAGGGAGAUGCCCACCUGCUUUAGGGAGGAGGGAAAGCCUUUGUCAUCCAAAACAAUCACUGUGUAUUUCCUCGGUGCAACAACCUGCUUUGGUUGGUGCAUGGAGGGAGCAUGUGUGGACUUGGGUCAGUCCCUUCUCCCUUCCCUCCUGAAUCACGCAAUUGCAAGCUUUGGCUAUUAAAAUGCACAGAUCUGUAAAGUUCUUUCCAAUAAUAGUGGUUAUUAGGCUGAUUUUUGUAAGAUUUCUGUUGUGGAAGCAGACCACACCUACCGACACAGCUGUUCCCGUAGCUCUUGCUACUUGCCUUCCAGGGGUAUCAAUCAUGUAAUUAUGGUUUCAUUCCAUUUAAAAAACUUGUAAAGCUAUACAGGGCUGCAGUUAGGAUUUCCUGUAGUAUUUAUCUUCAGAAUGUUUGACACAGGCCAGCUAGACUUUUUGCUUUAAAUUUACCUUCUAAAAACUGCUUCAGUGGAAGAUGACUUUUUUUCUUUGAUAGUAAGAAGUGUGAUGUUCCUGUAGCGAAGGCCAGAGGCUGAAUGCCAGCUUUGCAAUGUGAAGAAAACGAGCACUAAGCUCCAAGAAAAGAUCAAGCGAUGGCAUCGCCGCUGAUCCAGCACCUGGAGCUAAACAUGAGCCGGGCAACCUGCAUAAGAAACCUCUCAGAAAGCAGACGAUACCCCCGUUACAACGAAACCCAGGAGAAUGGGCUUUCCUAAAGAGACCAAUACUGGGAAAGCCCGGAAAACUCCCCCUGGAGAAUCCCAUUUGGCUGAAGCGUGAGGCUGAAAACAUCUGCCCCCUCACAUUAGCAACAUCUGCAACUCUCACUGCAGAACUUCCCACUUCUGGGCAACAGACACUGUAGGAGAACCAAUGUAAAUGCAGUUUCCACACCAGUCUAUCAUCAGCUUACCUUUACAAGAUGAUGCAGGUAUCGUUCAAAGAGAUACUAGUGCAAUAAUGUAACGUGUUUCUGAUGAAUUAAUAAAGCCAGUGUCAAAAGCCUGA